GCGCAGCGCAGGGGAAGGCGGCGCCGAGCGGAGACCCGCGCUCCGGAAGUGAAGCCGCCAGACCCCUGGCUAAUGGAUGUGGGUCCGAAGGCCCACUGACCGCUCUCGGCGCCUGAGGCAGUGGGGCGUGGCUGGAGCUCAGACUCAGACACGCCUUUGUGUGGAAGUGGCUGGCAUCUUCCUGUGCUAGAAGCUGAAAAAAAUAAGCUCCUUGAGUCUCACAGAACAUUCUGGAACGCAUAAGCAGGCCACCAGCGACCUGCCGUAAGACUUCCUUGCAAGAAUUCUGGGUACCAGAGUGGAAGGUGUUUCUCCACCAGCUAAAGAGAGUGGAGCACCAGAGAGGGGGCUCGUCGGUUAGGAAAGGUCAGCACCAGGAGGCUGCCAGCCUCGGUGAGAAACAGCCCCCGUCGGACUACAGUUGACCGGCACUGACGCUGUUGUAACUGAGCUCUAUCCUCCCCACCUCACAUUGGGUCUAAAGACGGAACAAAAAGUGCUGAGUUCUUGCCACUAGGCAAGACAGGGUUAUUGGUCCAGAAGACUAGCCUGGAGUCCGUUCACUGGUGGGUUAUAAGUUUAGAAGCUUAUCUGGGUAUUUCUGGUCCUAGGGCAGUGCUCUCUGCACUACCAGCUAAUUGGUAGCGUGAGAGUGAGUGAGUAAGCAGGACAAUGGCGCUGGCCCUAUUAGAGGACUGGUGCAGAAUAAUGAGUGUGGAUGAUCAGAAAUCGCUGCUGGUUAUGGGGAUACCAGUGGACUGCAAUGAGGCUGAGAUUCAGGAGGUCCUACAGGAGACCUUGAAGUCUCUGGGAAGGUUUAGACUGCUUGGCAAGAUAUUCCGGAAGCAGGAGAAUGCCAAUGCCGUCUUAUUAGAGCUCCUGGAAGAAACGGAUGUCUCUGUGAUCCCCAGUGAGGUUCAGGGGCCGGAAAAUGUCUGGAAAGUGAUCUUUAAGACCCCUAACCAGGACACUGAAUUUCUUGAAAGACUAAACCUCUUUUUAGAAAAGGAGGGGCAGACAGUCUCAGGGAUGUUCCGAGCCCUUGGACAUGAGGGAGUAUCCCCAGCCACAGUGCCCCCUAUAUCACCAGAGUUAUUGGCCCAUUUGUUGGGACAGGCAAUGGCACAUGCCCCUCAGCCCCUGCUGCCCAUGAGAUACCGGAAACUGAGAGUGUUCUCAGGCAGCACCGUGCCAGCCCCAGAGGAAGAGCCCUUUGAGAUCUGGUUGGAGCAGGCCACUGAGAUAGUCAAAGAGUGGCCAGUGGCUGAGACAGAAAAGAAAAGAUGGCUGAUGGAAAGCCUACGGGGCCCUGCCCUGGACCUCAUGCGUAUAGUGCAGGCAGAUAAUCCAUCCAUCAGUGUGGAAGAGUGUUUGGAAGCUUUUAAACAAGUAUUUGGGAGCCUGGAGAGCCGCAGGACCUCCCAGGUGAGGUAUCUGAAGACCUACCAAGAGGAAGGAGAGAAAGUGUCAGCCUAUGUGUUACGGUUAGAAACCCUGCUCCGGAAGGCAGUGGAGAAACGGGCCAUCCCAAGGAAUAUCGCGGACCAGGUCCGCUUAGAACAGGUCAUGGCCGGGGCCAGUCUGAACGAAAUUCUUUGGUGUCGGCUGAGGGAGCUGAAGGAUCAGGGCUUGCCCCCCAGCUUCCUUGAGUUGAUGAAGGUAAUAAGGGAGGAAGAAGAAGAAGAGGCCUCCUUUGAAAAUGAGCGUAUUGAAGAGGCAGAUGAAGGGGGUAACUAUGGCCGCUGGGGGAACAAGAGAAAUGACUAAAAACUAACGGGGAACAGGACCCCAUCGCCUGCAGGCCUAGGGAUAUUUGCUUUCCUGGCCUAAAACCUUUUUUAGUAUUUUUUUCUUUAUGUACAGAAUUGAAAUCCAGGCAUUCAAACCAAUUCGUGAUUUUUCUUUCUAAGAAACAAAAGACCUGGGAGUUUCUUAGACCCUAUAUAGAUCAUUAAUAAACAAAAGAUUAAAUUCUAACAAGUUGGUAAUAAACCCACGGGAAUCUGCAAGACCUGUACUUCUGGUUUCCUUGAAAUACCUCCAAAUAGACUAAAGCUUACCCAUACCAUAGAAGAAAGAGUUGUCACUAGAAGAAAUGCCUUUUAUAAUACACUUGAAAAUGAAACCAUUCAACUUGUCAGGUGAUUUUCUUUCACAAGUCCAAUUCUCUCUUUCUAGCUAUGUGGUGAGACACUACAAGGAUUUCUAAAACUAGUUAUAACCUACAGUUAAGUGUUAUAUAUACAGAAUGGGCUGUGCCCUGGUCUAGAUGAGGAGCUCACAGAGACACGUGAAAAGCUAAAUAACCCUAUGUGUACAGAAGUUCAUAAAACCAAUAAAAGUGUCAUUGUCAAAUGAAUAGCAACAUCUCCCAUCUUUGGGUUUCUUGCCUUACAUGAGAUGUGCCCCACCUGCCUUUCUGCUUAGGGUGGGAUAGAUGGUUGCAGAACGAGAUGUUCUGUCAGGUCAUGAAGACCCAAACGACCUUGCGUAUUCCCUAAUUUCAAGAGAUCUGCAGCCCGGACGUGGCUGAAAGAAGUGGAUGUUAUUUAGAGGACAGCUUCAAAGAGAGGGUAGACCAUGGAGGACAGCAUGCCUCCAAGUGGGAGUGUGCAGGGCAUGUUGGAUUAGCAAGCAAGUUGAUCAGGUUAGAUUGGAAAGUUUUAGUGGCAACAAAGGAGAGGAAAGGAACUCUGGUAUGUUAGGCCCACUAGAUGCAAGAUAUUCAUGCAUACCUCAUUUAAGGUGUACAGCAACCCUGUUGUGGUAUAAUUUCAGUCUUUGUAAAGAUAAACAAGCUCAGCAGAGCUGAGUGGCCUUCUCAGCACCCUCAGGCUAAGAAGUAUGAGAACCUAAACAGAAGCCCAGAACUCUGAUCCAUGCUAAUUCUCCACCACUAUAAUGACUUGGAAAUUGCGCUCCACUGUUCUGCAGACAUUUUUCAGCA